AUGUCAUCUCCCCAACCCACAAGCUUCACAGAAAUGGCCGACGUCGACCUCGAAUCCAUCGGCCGCAACUGCCAAUACGAAUACUGCCACCAACUCGACUUCCUCCCGUUCAGGUGCGAAUCGUGUCGCGGGACUUUUUGUUCAGAUCAUCGAACCGAAGCAGCGCAUAAAUGUACACAUCCCGGUGAAUGGGCGCGACGGAGACGGGAACUCAACAACAAGACCACAACCAGCGGUGGUGGUGGUGGGGGAAGGACGGUGAAGUCAACGGUUUACAAUUCAGAUCAAUGCUCGCAUCCGCAAUGUAAGACGUUGCAUCGAUUGCGUGAGGGUCAUGAUUGUGCGAAUUUGAUUCCUCUCGGCGCGAGGGCGGGUGGUAAAUCUACUGAUAAUGCCGCUACGAUACGAUCCAUGUUCUCGAAAUUGCGCGGAUUGGGGAAUAAUAUACAACCGCCCAAGGCACCUAAAAUCUCGUUACCGGCGAGUAUACAGGCAAGAAGAACGACGACAGGCGGGAACGCAAUAACACAACUCAACGAAAUCAAACGAACCGCCAAAGGCGAAGCAUCAAUCCCCACAGAUAAACGAAUUUAUCUUCAUGUCGUCGGUACAACAGACAAACCAACCGCCGAAACUCCCCCCUCGGGGAAUUACUGGUUCGAUUCUCGCUGGAAAGUUGGCCGAGUCCUGGAUGAUGCCGCACGGAAACUCAAAGUUGAGAAUUUGAAUAAUCGUGUUGGUGGGGAGGAGGCCAAAUUGCGGAUCUUUCAUGUUGAGUCGGGGGAGUUUUUGGAGUUUUCGGUUGCUAUUGGGGGGGAAGGGAGUAAGGUUAAGUCGGGACAUACGAUUGUUUUGUUGAGGGGGGCUGGGGUGUUGUUGGAUAAAUGA